GGCCACCGUCCUCCCGGGCGGGGCGGGCCGCCUCGACGCCGCCCUCCCGGGCGGCCAAUGGAGGCCGAGGCCCCGCGCCUGGAUUGGAGCGGGCGCGGGGGGUCAGCCAGCCUCGGGGGCCGGGGCCUGGCCGGGGGCGGGGGGCAGGCGAGGCGAGGCGGGCGCCGUCCGCGCGGUUAUAAGGCGGGGAGUUCCCUGCGCCGCGAGCCGGGAGGCGCACGCUCGCUCGUACGGCGGCCGCGGCGGCAGGGCGGGGCCGGAGCAGCGGGCGGCGGCGGAGGCGGCCCCCGGGAGCGCUCCUCGCUUCCCUCGGGGUCUCGCUCGGACCUCGGCCACCGCCUGGGAUCCCCAGGACUCGUGCGUGCAGCAUGGGCGGCGUCGGGGAGCCCGGUCCGCGGGAGGGAUCCGCGCAGCCGGGGGCGCCGCUGCCCACCUUCUGCUGGGAGCAGAUCCGCGCGCACGACCAGCCCGGCGACAAGUGGCUGGUCAUCGAGCGCCGCGUCUACGACAUCAGCCGCUGGGCACAGCGGCACCCAGGAGGCAGCCGCCUCAUCGGCCACCACGGCGCUGAGGACGCCACGGAUGCCUUCCGUGCCUUCCAUCAAGAUCUCAAUUUCGUGCGCAAGUUCCUACAGCCCCUGUUGAUUGGAGAGCUGGCACCAGAGGAACCCAGCCAGGAUGGACCCCUGAAUGCACAGCUGGUCGAGGACUUCCGAGCCCUGCACCAGGCAGCCGAGGACAUGAAGCUGUUUGAUGCCAGUCCCACCUUCUUUGCUUUCCUACUGGGCCACAUCCUGGCCAUGGAGGUGCUGGCCUGGCUCCUCAUCUACCUCCUGGGUCCUGGCUGGGUGCCCAGUGCCCUGGCCGCCUUCAUCCUGGCCAUCUCCCAGGCUCAGUCCUGGUGUCUGCAGCAUGAUCUGGGCCAUGCCUCCAUCUUCAAGAAGUCCCGAUGGAACCAUGUGGCCCAGAAGUUCGUGAUGGGGCAGCUAAAGGGCUUCUCCGCCCACUGGUGGAACUUCCGCCACUUCCAGCACCACGCCAAGCCCAACAUCUUCCACAAAGACCCAGAUGUGACGGUGGCACCCGUCUUCCUACUGGGGGAGUCAUCCGUCGAGUAUGGCAAGAAGAAACGCAGAUACCUACCCUACAACCAGCAGCAUCUGUACUUCUUCCUGAUCGGCCCGCCGCUGCUCACCCUGGUGAACUUUGAAGUGGAAAAUCUGGCGUACAUGCUGGUGUGCAUGCAGUGGGCGGAUUUGCUCUGGGCCGCCAGCUUCUAUGCCCGCUUCUUCUUAUCCUACCUCCCCUUCUACGGCGUCCCUGGGGUGCUGCUCUUCUUUGUUGCUGUCAGGGUCCUGGAGAGCCACUGGUUCGUGUGGAUCACACAGAUGAACCACAUCCCCAAGGAGAUCGGCCAUGAGAAGCACCGGGACUGGGCCAGCUCUCAGCUGGCAGCCACCUGCAACGUGGAGCCCUCACUUUUCACCAACUGGUUCAGCGGGCACCUCAACUUCCAGAUCGAGCACCACCUCUUCCCCAGGAUGCCGAGACACAACUACAGCCGGGUGGCCCCACUGGUCAAGUCACUGUGUGCCAAGCAUGGCCUCAGCUACGAAGUGAAGCCCUUCCUCACUGCGCUGGUGGACAUCGUCAGAUCCCUGAAGAAGUCUGGUGAUAUCUGGCUGGAUGCCUACCUCCAUCAGUGAAGGCAACACCCAGGCGGGCAGAGAAGGGCUCAGGGCACCAGCAACCAAGCCAGCCCCUGGUGGGACCGACACCCCCACCCCUCCACUGGCCAGCCUGGCAGUGCCCUGCCUGCCCUCCUGGUACUGUGAUCUUCCCCUCAGCCCCUCACAUGUGUAUUCAGCAGCCCUACGGCCUUGGCUCUGAGCCUGAUGGGACAGGGGUAGAGGGAAGGUGAGCGUAGCACAUUUUCCUAGAGCAAGAAUUGGGGGAAAGCUGUUAUUUUUAUAUUAAAAUGCAUUCAGAUGUA